CCCGCCACCUUCUUCCAUUUUAACAAAGGAAAUGGCUUCUUCUUCUUCUUCCUCCUUCUCUGCAGCUGCCAUACUCGCAUUCGCUGUUGUUCUGGGGGUUUUCACGGGGGGCUCCUCUGCUAACCUCUCAACAAGUUUUUACUCUAAAACAUGUCCGAUGGUUUUUACCACCGUGAAAUCGGCUGUUCGAUCUGCGAUUUCACAAGAAAGCCGAUUGGGUGCUUCUCUUCUUCGCCUACACUUCCACGACUGUUUUGUCAAUGGCUGUGACGGGUCGGUACUCCUCGAUGACACGUCCUCUUUCACAGGGGAGAAGACAGCAGGUCCCAACAACAGAUCGAUAAGGGGUUUCAAGGUUGUUGAUGACAUCAAGUCGAAGGUGGAGAAAGUUUGCCCAGGAGUUGUGUCGUGUGCUGAUAUCUUAGCCAUUGCUUCUUGUGACUCUGUUGUAAUUCUUGGAGGGCCUAGCUGGGACGUUAAACUUGGAAGAAGAGACGCCAAGACAGCCAGCUUUUCCGCUGCCAAUAAUACCGGCUUCUUGCCUUCUCCCUUUUCUAGCCUUAGCACCCUCAUCUCUGGAUUCCAAGUUAAAGGUCUCUCUACCACCGACAUGGUUGCAUUAUCUGGAGCCCACACAAUUGGGCUAGCACAGUGUCGAACAAUCAGAAGCCGCAUAUAUAAUGAUACCAAUAUUGAUAGAUCAUUUGCGAAGCUGAGGCAGAGUAAAUGCCCAAGGAAUACCGGCGGCCGGAAGAAUCUUGCGCCGCUAGACCUCCAGACGCCGACUGCUUUUGACAACAAAUACUUCCAAAACCUCAUCAACAAAAAGGGUCUUCUCCACUCCGACCAAGAAUUGUACAACGGUGGAUCCACCGAUUCACUGGUUAGAACCUACAGCAACGAUGCUAAGACCUUCUAUGACGACUUUGUCGCGGCAAUGAUCAAGAUGGGAGACAUUGAGCCCCUCACUGGAUCGAGUGGUGAGAUUAGGAAGAACUGUCGGAGGCCCAACUGAUUAAUUCUGGGUGAUGGAAAUUAAUCCCAGUGAAAAUAAAUUAUAAAAAUAAAUGACAAUGGUGAAGAUUAUUUCUUUUUCCCAAUAUUGGAGAGAAAAGAAAAUAUUGCAUUAAUUGUGUUCGUUUGAUAAAAAUAUUUUAGAGAAUAUUUUUUACUUUUUAUUAAAAAGUGAUUUGAUGUUUAAAGUGUUUCGUAAAUGUUUUAUGUUUUUAAUUUAGUUUAUUUGAUAAAGAGCAAAAAGCUCCCUGUUUGUUUGGAAGUAUAUGUUGGUCCGAGUUAUUUGUAAAAAUCUGUUUUUGGGUUAUUGCAAUAAAGAGUCUCUUUUGAAGUGUUUC